AUGUUUUCCUCCUCCUCCUCCUCCGCCUUCGGUGGUGGUACGAACAACGAGGAGAAGAACAAAGUGCACUCGAAACCGGUCACUUUUAAAACGCAACAACGCAGACGACGAAAAAAACGAACUCUCGUUUUUGUGUUCUCGUUUACGUUUCUCGUCGUGAUGUACAUCUCGUACAAUUUCCUUCGCAAGCAAACGCUGAGCGAAGCUCGACGAAUCAUCGGCACGGGACGGAAAGCGAGAACGGAUUUAGAAGGCCAAGUUUUAGUGGAAGAAGCGAUUAAAACGGGGAAGAUAGGACGAGAAGUGAUCAACUUCGACGAUGGGAGUUUAGACAGAAUGAUCGAGGAAAAUAUACGGAAGAAGAAACAGAAACAGAUGGAGGAAGAGGAGAGGAAGAUGAUGUUUCACGAGGAAAGUCAUCAACACCGCGAGGACGAGAAGAACGAUAUAUAUAACGACGAAACAAAAGAAGAAGAUCUAGAAAACGAGGGCGUUGAUAAUAAUAGCGACGAUAAUAAUAACAAUAAUGAUAGCAGUGGGGAGGAGGAAGAGGAAAAUGCGGUUCGUAGUAGUACGUCUAGCGAUGUCGAUGUCGAGAACAUCAUAAACGAAGAUGAAGAUAUCGCGAACGAGAAUGAGAAAGAUAACGCAGAAGAGGAACAAGAAGAAGCGCGCGACGAGGACGACGACAAUAAUAACAAUAACAACGAACAAGAACAAGAAGAUACAAUAAACGAUGAGCCGUUAGAGGAAGUCAAACCAGGCGCGGGCGAUGCGGAUGAUUUAGACCCCAAGCUCCCUCGAUCGGAGUCGCUCCCGGAAGAUCCUUCGCGCACGUGUUCGGUGGAUCGUUUGAGAGCGUUGUUUAAACCGUGUUUACUCGGCGGCGACGUGCAGAAAUGUUGUCAAACGCUCGAUUUUGCGUUUGCUCCGGAUGCCACGCAUCGUUUUGAAGAUCAAGAUGAAAGCGAAAGCGGUGAAGACACGACGGCGAAUUGUUUGUGCGUGUUUACGGCGAUAUCCGAUUUGAACGAAACGUUUUCGAAAGUUGGUUUGAACGUCUACGAGGACGUAUUGGGUAAGUGCGAACCGGAUUCGAGAAAGUUUGGAUGGUUCGGCGACGGCACGGACGCGUGUCCGGAGGAUAACCUGGAGGAGUUGCGAAGACGCAAAGAUGAGGAAAUUCGAGAGCACGAAGAGGCGAGGAAAGAACGCGAACGUAAAAAGAAGGAAGUUUAUAAACGUAACGUAGAAAGAGCAAAGAAACAAGAAGCUAUUCGAGUCGAAAACGCGUUGAAAAAGUCGGACACGGAACGACAAGCUCAAAAGAGGCGCGACUGGUCACGUGGCGCUUGA